AUGGCUGCCGUUCCCAACUUUUUCGCUUUGACCGCCAAGGACAAGAAGCACCAGGAGAUCUCCAUGAAGGAGUUCGAGGGCAAGGUCGUCCUUGUCGUCAACGUCGCCUCAAAGUGCGGCUUCACCAAGCAGUACGCCGGUCUCGAGGAGCUCUACAAGAAGUACAAGGAUGAGGGCUUCGUCAUCCUCGGCUUCCCCUGCAACCAGUUCGGCGGCCAGGAACCCGGCGAUGAAGAAGAGAUCGAGUCGUUCUGCCAGCUCAACUUUGGAGUGACGUUCCCUUUGAUGGCCAAGAUCGAUGUCAACGGCAACAACGAGGACCCCGUCUACAGCUACUUGAAGGCCCAGAAGAAGUCGUUGAUGAUGAGCCGUAUCAAGUGGAACUUUGAAAAGUUCUUGAUCGCCAAGGACGGUACCGUCUAUGAGCGCUAUGCCUCUGUCUCCACCCCCGAGGCCAUCGCCAAGGAUGUCGAGAAGCUCCUCCGCGCCUAA